AUGAACAGCAGCAACUGUUACUUUAAUUUUGUAAUCAUGUGGCAAAGCAGUAAAAUAUCUGCAAUGUAUUUCUUGGACAAAGAUUCCAAACUAUCUAACUUAUUUCAACAGGCAAGCAGUCCUACAACAGGAACAGCUCCCAGGAGUCAAUCACGGUUGUCUGUCUGCCCUUCCACUCAGGACAUUUGUAGGAUCUGUCACUGUGAGGGAGAUGAUGAAAGUCCCCUCAUCACACCGUGUCGCUGCACGGGGACCCUGCGCUUUGUUCAUCAGGCCUGCCUGCACCAGUGGAUUAAGAGCUCAGACACGCGCUGUUGUGAACUCUGCAAGUACGACUUUAUAAUGGAGACCAAGCUCAAACCUCUUCGGAAGUGGGAGAAACUACAGAUGACAACAAGCGAGAGGAGGAAAAUAGUUUGUUCAGUCACAUUCCACGUAAUUGCAAUUACCUGUGUUGUUUGGUCCUUGUAUGUUUUAAUUGACAGAACCGCUGAGGAAAUUAAACAAGGCAAUGAUAACGGUGUCCUCGAAUGGCCGUUUUGGACAAAACUCGUCGUGGUGGCCAUCGGAUUCACGGGAGGCCUGGUCUUCAUGUAUGUGCAGUGUAAGGUUUACGUUCAGCUGUGGCGCAGGUUGAAAGCCUACAACAGAGUGAUCUUUGUUCAGAACUGCCCAGACACCGCUAAAAAACUGGAGGAGAAGAACUCUUCCUGCACUCAGACCUCGGACGUCAAGGACGCGGUGGUGGUGCCAGUAGCACAGACAGGUACAAACUCUCAGCCGGCAGCUGAAGAAACAUCUGAGGUCAUGCCAGUUUGA